UUCAGCAGAGUGCAACAAAAAAACCUUUCUACAAAUAUUGCCACACCCAACCACUUCUUCCAAACUAUGGAAACCGAAAAAAGGUAAAACAUUAUUUUGUCUUCACAUCUCUGUAAAGUUUUUACAUAUAUAAUUACUAUAACAUUUAAAUAUUGUUUAUUAAUUUAUGCUGGACAUUCAAUGUGCAGCAUUGCAGAAGAGCACUAAAAUAAACAGACAACAACAAUUAAAGGAUAUUAGCAUACAAUAGAAAAAGAUUGGGUUGUACAGCAUUUUAAAUAUUAAUUGUAUGAUUUGAUAUGCAAAACAACAUUAAAAAAAAUACGUCGUUAUCCAAAAGCACUGUCCAAAAGCAAGGUUUUUAUGUAAUUUCACACUGUACAAUGGUGGUGGCUGUUUUUUUCUCAUGAUUGUGAAACUGAAGAUCACAAAAUAUCUGGUUGUAAUGCACAGAAUGCACCAAUUGUUUGACACUUACGUGUACAGAAUUCAUAUCAUCAUGAACACUCAUCUACAACGUUUUAAAAGUGGGCUCGACAUUUCAGGAAAUUCAAGUGGGACUAAAAUUGCACCUCCAGAACAUUCCCAGUUCCAGUAUUCUUAGUUAAUCAGCAGGGCCAAGAGAGGUUUAAUUUUAACAAUGGGUGUUAUACACCACUGAAGUGUCCACAAAAAUACUGCUGUGUUUUGCAAUUAAAAUAAAGGUCUGUAACUACUUUCCCUCCUUUUAACAGAGAAAAAGUCCUUCCAACCCUUCAUAAAUAAUACGGGUAUAAUAAUAUCCUUGUCCUUUAACAGUGCAGAUGAAUCAGGAGAGCAAUGAUGAAAUAAGAAUUGUGCUGAUUGGAAAGACUGGAGUAGGAAAGAGUGCAGCAGCAAAUACCAUCCUCGGAGAAAACAUGUUUACAUCAGAACUGUCCUCCUCCUCUGUGACCAAAGCAUGUGAUAAAGCCAGAGGAAAUGUCAAUGGGCGAAAAAUGGCCGUUGUUGACACUCCAGGCUUAUUUGACACCACAGAGGAACAAACUGUGAUUGAAGCAAAGAUAAAACUGUGCAUAUCGCUCUCUGCGCCAGGCCCUCAUGUUUUUCUCGUGGUUGUUCAGCUUGGGAGAUUUACAGCGGAGGAAAAAAAUACUGUGGAGCAAAUUCAGAAAAUCUUUGGUGACCCAGCAUCAAAAUACACCAUGGUGCUCUUCACUCAUGGUGACAAAUUGAAACGUGGACAGAAAAGCAUCCAUGACUUUGUUAAAAACAGUCCCGAUCUGCUAAACUUCAUCAAGACUACAAGUGGGCGAUACCAUGUUUUUGACAACAACACACAUGAUCCAAAUCAAGUCAACUUGCUGUUUGAACAGAUAGACCAGCUCAUGACUGUAAAUGGUGAAGCGUAUUACACAAAUGAAAUGCUUCAGGCGGCUGAGAGAGCAAUACAAGAAGAAAAAGACAGACUUAUGAGGCAACUAAAAAUGAGUGAACAGGAAGCGAGAGACAGAGCGGAAAGGAACAAUAAGUUUCUGAAAGCUAGUUUGGCAGUGGUAGGAUGUGCUGCUGCUGCUGCUGUUGCGAUAAGAACCUGCCUUCUUCAAUGAGACAAGUUUUCUGAAUGCUUAUUCAGUCACUGAAUUGUCAUUGUGAUUAGCAUCAUAGUUAUUGAGUCUAUACAUGCAAUGAAAAACAAUUAUACUGGGUCACUGUAGUUUAGUUUAGUGCUACAGUGUGAAAUUGUCAUGUAAAUCUGAAAUUAAUAAAAAUAACUGAGUUUAAAAAAUGUGUGUUUUUUUAAGAUAUUUAAUUACUUAAACAUAUUCUUACUAUGUUUGUUAAUAUACAAAGCAGUUUCUUUUUGAACAAAUGAAGUUCCAUUUUUCCAGGAGUGAC